AUGCCCCGAGGGGGCGGUGGCUGUACGCCGAGCCUGGGUAGAAGAGCGUCACUGUGGACGCGGGCGCCCCUAGCCACCUCAGCCACCCUUCGUGUACGGGGACUGGAGCCACGGAAGCGGCGGUGCAGACCCGCGAGGUCGGCGAGGUCCGCGCUCCUGGCGGCCGUGGGCUGCGGAGCCUCGGCUGGGUUCUGCGCCUCCCCCCGAGCCCCCCGCGAGCUGGCAGGAGGAAAUAGCGGCGGCGGCAGGGGCGGCCACGGGCCAGCAGCGGCCUCGACACGGGGCCGACGGCUGCCGCCUGCCGGAUCAGGCGGUGGCACGGAGCCCGAGGACGACGACGGCGGGCAAGAUCUACAGCUGGAAGGGGGUGCCUUGGGGUCAUGGGGAAGUGCCCCUCUGUCCUCCAGGGCCAGGGGACCAGCAGCAUCAGCAGGCAGGAAAUACUCAGACCAUUGUGAGGCGCGGGCCUCUCGGCCUGGAAAGAGCCGCAUCCCGGGCCGUGACCACCGGCGCUACUACCACGACCACUGGCGGCUGGAGUACCUCAUGGACUUCAACCCUGCUCGGCAUGGCAUGGUGUGUAUGGUGUGCGGUAGCUCCCUGGCCACUCUCAAGCUCAGCACCAUCAAGCGACACAUCCGCCAGAAGCACCCUUACUCCCUGCAUUGGAGUCCUCGAGAGAAGGAGGUCAUCAGCAACAGCUGGGAUGCCCACCUGGGGCUGGGGGCCUGUGGAGAGGCCGAGGGCCUGGGGGCCCAGGGGGCUGAGGAGGAGGAAGAGGAAGACGAGGAAGAGGAGGAAGACGGGGCCAAUCUCUCAGCUGGCCAGCCCAAAGGUCCAGGCAAAGCCCCAGCUGGUGGGGGUGGCCGGCGCCAGCGGCGAGGGGGCCCAGUGGCACCCCGGGCUCGGCGUCGGGCAUCCCGGAGGGCCGGGGGCAGCAGGGGGCUGGGGGCCCGGCGCCUGGAGCGAAGGCUGAAGGAGUCCCUGCAGAGCUGGUUCCGGGCUGAGUGUCUCAUGGACUAUGACCCGCGGGGGAACCGGCUUGUGUGCAUGGCCUGUGGCCGGGCACUGCCCAGUCUGCACCUGGAUGACAUCCGUGCCCACGUGCUGGAGGUGCACCCCAGCUCCCUGGGGCUUAGCGGCCCCCAGCGCAGCGCCCUGCUGCAGGCCUGGGACGCUCAGCCCGAGGUGCUGCCAGAGUUCGCCCAGCCCCCACCAGACGACAACCUCAUCCCCCAGGACCUGACCAGAAAGAGCCAGGACUCGGCCCCUACUGCCAGAGGCCCUUCCUCUCAGGAUCUCAGCCCCCCAGACGUAAAGGAAGAGGCUGGCUGGGUCCCUGAGAGCCCGGGGCCCGCAGUGGAGGAGGAGGAGCUGGAGGAGGGCGAGGGCAAGAGCAAGGGCAAGAGGGCGGGGGUCCCGGGCCGGCCAACGCGGGGCCGCGACCACCGCCGCCACUACCAGGAGCGCUGGCGGCUGGAGUACCUUAUGGAGUUCGACGGCGGCCGGCGCGGCUUGGUGUGCAUGGUGUGCGGCGGUGCGCUGGCCUCGCUCAAGAUGAGCACCAUCAAGCGGCACAUCCGCCAGCGCCACCCGGGCUCCACGCGCCUCAGCGGGCCGGUCAAAGCCCUCAUCGCGCAGGAGUGGAGCGAGAAGGCCGCCCACCUGCUGACCCUGGGGCUGUCCAGCCCCGAGUCCCCCCGGGGCCCGGCCGUCCCCAGCACAGCCUCAGCCUCCGAGCGGGGAGGGGCGGAGGAGGAGGAAGAGGAGUGGUGGGGCGACCUCCCACUCUCCCCACGGGAGCCGUCGGAGCAGCCGGCCGAGGACGAGGAGGAUGAAGAGGACGGUGUGGAGCCCGAGGGGCUCGCUUUCCCGCCCCUGCCCCCGCCGCCGCCGCCCCCACCUCCGCCCCCGCCGCCGCCCCCCCGCAGCCGAGAGCAGCGGCGGAACUACCAGCCGCGCUGGCGGGGCGAGUACCUGAUGGACUAUGACGGCAGCCGGCGCGGCCUGGUGUGCAUGGUGUGCGGCGGCGCGCUGGCCACGCUCAAGGUGAGCACCAUCAAGCGGCACAUUCUGCAGGUGCACCCCUUCUCCAUGGACUUCACGCCCGAGGAGCGUCAGACCAUCCUCGAGGCCUACGAGGAGGCGGCGCUACGCUGCUAUGGCCACGAGGGCUUCGGGCCACCGGCCCCCGCGCCGCGCGACAGUGGUGCCGACCUCAAGCCGGGCGCUGUGUGCCGGGCGUAG